CAAUGAAUUUCAUUUUGACGUAACGAUACACGAAGGAUUUCAUUGGUUGAAGCGAUCAGAUGACCAACAUAGUUUACUGGAGUCGGAGGGCAUAAUUACCUCGCUGGAAAAAGGAGCGAGGAACUCCCAUGAAAAGCUGACGGGUGGCGAAAGUUGAGCGAUCGUUUUAUGACAAAGAGAAGUGAAACCGAGGCUGUAUAAACAGCUUCACAAUUAAGCAGAGUGUUGUUUGUCAUGUUAGAGCUUUUUAACAGUGUUUUAAUUACAAAAGACAGCAAUGAGGGAAGAAAUUGCAGCAGCAGUUGUUUUCGUAACCCGUCUCAUAAAAUUGAACGAUAGCAUUCCUAAAGAAAAGGUCGAGGAGUUUUCUACAGAACUGUCAUCAGCAUUAGUUGAAAAGUUCAAGAAUCAUUGGUACACAGAUGAACCAUCCAAGGGUCAGGGUUAUAGGUGCAUACGUAUCAACCCAUCAGAGCCUAUUGAUCCUGCAAUAUUGAAAGCUGCCAACAGAUGCGGAUUACAGUACACUGAUCUCAACUUGCCUCAAGAAUUGACUCUCUGGGUAGAUCCAAAUGAAGUUUGCUGCAGAUUUGGAGAAAGCCAUGGCUCAUACUGCCAGCUAGCAGUGCUGAAGGAAGAUGGCAACUUGGAAAAUCAGGCCCACACCAUCAACAUAGAGGAUCUAGUGAGGCAGCAGCAGCAGCGCUUCAACAUGAACCUGAACAUUACCACCACACGCACAAGUGCUAAUAAGCUGAAAGCCCUUGCUAUGAAGAAUGCAUUCAACCAGCAGGCCCUAGGCAACCCCUUUAGCAAGUAUCAACACAACGCCAUGAACAACAAUCACUUCCAAAAUGGCCAUACAUCACGUCCAUUCCAAAAGUCUCACUUCAAAAAUGGCUAUCACAAUAAUGCAUCUGUAAAUAGCUCAUCAUUUGGUCAUCACAGGAGAGGAUCAGGCGAUUUUAAUACGGGCAGCGGCAAUUACAGUGGGGGUGUUAACGCUCAAAGUAAAGAUCGUUACCGCUGGGUGCGGAAUAGGCAACAGCCGGUUGAGCAACCGGAAAGCAUGAGGCUAAGCCCCAAUUGAUUUCUGUAAUAUUUAAUCAAAAGCCUAUGGGUGAUAUUUGAGUUACAUGUCUUGUUCUGCUACUGAAAUGGUGCCUUUGUUACAUCAAAAAUUGUCUUCUUUAUAGCUAACAGUCAGGUUAAUUAUGACAUUUAAUGUACAAUGAUUGUUCAUUUGUAUUUAUUUGGUUGCACUUGAGUAGCAGGCAUGGCAUGGGAGCUCUUUUAAGUCUUAAACUUGUUGACGACUUUUGCCAUGUAUUUAUGGACUUGAGAUUUUAUUUGUUUCAUGCACAUAUUCAUUCUAAAUGAAAACACAUGGGUAAUAUAACAUCAGUUAGAAAAGGCUUUGUAUUAUAACCAUUAAAUCAUGUACCUAUUUUUGAUGUUUAAAAAAAUUGAUAAUCACUGCUUCAUUUGUAAGUAUUAGUAACUUUUUUUCAAACAUUAAUUUCUAUGUAUUUACUGUAGUAUAAUUAAAUGAUCUCAAUCAUUAUGAAUAGUGCACAACAUAUCAACAAAUGAAGAACUGUUGCAUAUUACAAUUAACCUAAUCAUUGCUUUUGGCAACUGUUGUAGGAAAAGAACAGUGCAACUUGUAUUUAUGUGUUUGUGAUAAUCUUGUGGACAGUAUUUUUGGAAAGAUGUCAAUAUCUGUUUUUUUAUUCUGUUAUAGAGCAGCCAUGUGCUUAUAAACUAAUAUGUACAUAAGGGUUAGAUAUGUCUUAAAAAAGGUUCUUGUGAGUUCCAAAGUACAAAAAUAUGAGUGCAUUAGUGAUAAGGAAGAAUUUGUAGAUAAUAAUUAAAAUUUUGCAGUAUUAACUUCAAUUUGUCAAGCUGUGUAUUAAAUAAUGUGUAAGAAAAUCCUAACACAAUUCCUAUUUAUUUUCACAAGAUGUGUGCGUUUAAGCUUGUAACUUGAUUCAAAGAUCUUCAUUUUUGUGGUCAUUCCUUCAAAUUGUAUUAAUUUGUUAUUGUUUUGUUUUUUCCAAUAGCAAUUUGUAAAUAGAAUAAACUGAGGAUUGUAAAUUUAAAAAUUGUGUACAGGAUUAAAUCAAUUUUUUCUAUGUAUAGAACUAAUAUAUACAGCUCUAUUAUUUAUUAGAAUUUAUUAUUCAAUGUGCAACCAUGAUAUUUAAGUUGGAGUAUUGCAGGAAGAGUAUGUACUGGGGCUCAAACAGGUCAAACAAUUUCUUAUGUCGGUUUGGUGCGUAAAAAUGAAAAAAGGAUUUCUGGUUGGGUCUGGAUUUAUUUGGGUUUACAAGGGGUUAAAUUUAAAUGGGUUGAUUACAAAUUAUAAAAACUACAUUUUGUGCAUAUUAUCUUAUGCAUAUAACAUAUUGGACUAUUCGCAAAGUCAGAAAUAUGAACAGUUUAUCUUUUAUAGGCGUAUUCAAAAUAUUGUGGAAAAUAAAUGUUUGUAUUGAAUGAAACUAAGGUAAUUUUUUAUUGGCUCCGAUGAUAGAUAGCAUGAAAAACAACAUAAAAUUAAGAAUGUUUUCUUCAGGGUAAAGACAAGAAUCAUAUUAUUUAUGUAUGCUCUAAAUGAUGUUUGAAGAUGAUUAAAAUCACCGUAUGACUCUCAGAAUACCAGUGCUUUCUUCUUAAUCAUAAGAUCUAGCAAUGAAUAAGUAAAUAAGCUACUUGGCCAGGUAUCAUUGGCAAAACCUUAGUCCCUGAUCAGCGGGUAUUUUUUACCAGCAAAGUGCAUAUUUUUUCGUGUACAGGUUUGAGCCCUAUUAUUUACUUGUAAAUUUAAAUGGAGUUAAUGAGUCACAAUUUCACUAAAAGAUCCAUUGAAAUUUAUAUGUUGCAAAGUGCUUAUCUGCGAACUACAUCUUUCCUGUUUAAAUUACAUAUUGCCAUUUUAAUUUUAUUAUCAAAUUUUAGUAGUUGAAUAGAAUAUGUUGUGAUUUUAAGAUAUGAAUCCAUCAUGAAAGUUGUGCAUGUGUAUGUUGUUAUUACGGUGUGUUUUCAUUGUUAUUCAUUAUAUUCAUACGUGUAGUCUUGUUUUGUUUCUGCCCAAGUUAUUCAUUUAGUUGGUAUUGCCUGUUGUGGAUUUUGAUUUAUAAAGCAUAUUUAUUUAUCCAAUUUUUCUAUUCACAAUACAUACAUAAGUAUUGAUUUUUAUUCUGUCAAUGAGGUAUUACUUUGCUCAAAUAGUGAAAUUCAAAUUGUUAGCAAUGAUAAAACAAAACAAAAGAAUCCAUUAGUAAAGAGAUGAUCAUAACAGGCUUGGCAUAUGAUAAACAACCAAAUUAUUAAGUUUUUAGUGAGAUAAUGAUAUAACCUCUGGGCAGAAACCCAGAUCUGUGGUGAGUGAGUGAGACAGGAUGGGAAAUGCUGCACUUAAUACUGCUUGAUUCUGUGAAGAUCAUGUUUAAAAUUUGGGCAAAUAUUGGGUGUUAAAAACGUGUGAAGUAUACUUUUUAUUGGUCAUUAUACGUGUACAAUUAACUUUUUAGUUUGAUUUUGUUCUUGUUUGGCCUUGGGUUCAGUUAAAAGGCAGGUGUGCAGCAUUUGUGUGUGGAGUGGAGGGAUGCAGCUGUUCAAGUGAAAUUUGCUAGUGUGUUCCAGUCUUCAGUACCAAAAUUGAGGUCCUAGUUGCCAUGUGGAAUCUCUCGCCCAUCUUUGAUAGAAAUCAAUACAACCUUCAUUUCCAUUUCAUUGUUGUUUUUAGAUUUUCAUAUGCCAUAGUCAAAGGGAUUCACACAUUUUAUUAUAUAUUUUAUGUGCCAGUUUUAUUCCUUUAUACAGGUUAUUCAAAUUGAUUUGUUAUUUAUUUUAUUUCUACAUGUUGACUCAUUAUAAUUAUGAGAAACAUAGGAUUUGUUAUAUCGUGAUAUGUUUGGACUGAAAACAAAAUAUCAGGGUAAAUUAAAGUGCCCUGUCUUUGAGCAGCUACAAAUUAAGUUCCUUGUUGUAAAUCUUACAUGUACAAGUUUCCAUCAAGCUUACAUGUUUGUUAUCGCAGUGGUGUGGAAAAGAGAGUUUUAUUGUAAUCUGUUUAAUGUCAAUAUGUGAUCAUUGGCAGUUAUGUGCGACCUUGCAAACUAACAUUUCUCUGUGAUGAUGUUAUCAGGUGUUAGCCUCACUACCAAAACAGAUCUGAAUAAAUAUUUUAUAGCAUACAAA